CGAUUUCUUUUAUAAGAAAUGAAAAAACUGAGUAUUCUAAUUCAAAGAAUAAAAAUUAUUUACUAAGCAAUUGAUGGAUCGUUCAAGCACGCCUAUGCCUUUGGCGCUAAUUAUUGUGACCAGCUACUGUGGUCCGUUCUAUGACGAUGGUAAGAAGACUGGGGCUUAUUUUAGUGAAAUUCUUCACCCAUACGAAGCUUUUACACGAAAUUGCUUCCAAGUAGAAUUUGCAUCUGAAACCGGACAUGUUGGAUUUGACGAACACUCAAUUGUACCUCCCGCUGUGACUGGAGAGGAGCUUCGUGUGUUGCACGAUAAUAGUCAUCCUCUCAUGAGGGCUCUUCAUUCUGCCGUACAGCGUGUUGAUUCGCUCGACAUAAACAGAUACGAUAUCGUGUUCGUUGCCGGAGGACACGGCACUCUGUUUGAUAUGCCUCGGUCUGGUGAUAUCCAAAAGUUUUUAGCCGGUAUGUACGAAGCGGGCAAAAUUGUCGCAGCAGUUUGCCAUGGUCCGGUCGUCUUGCCGUUUGUACAUUUGAAAGGCGGAACUCCUCUUGUCGAAGGUAAACGCAUAACUGGCUUUACAAGAAAAGGCGAGGAAAUGGUAGGAGUAAUGGGAACCAUGCAGAAGCACAACUUUAAAACAAUUGAAGAUCUUGCGGAAAGUGCAGGCGCUGUUUUCAAGCAGAAGGAAGACCCAUUCGAAGAAUAUGUUGUUCUUGACGGCCAUCUUGUUACUGGAACAAAUCCUGCAAGUGCUAGGCGAACCGCCGAGGUAGCCGUGGAAGCAUGGAAACGAGUUGAAACUCAUGCCUGUGUUUAUUAGUUACAAGAAAGUAUAACUUGUUUUAAUGAAGUUGUCAAGAUGAAAUAGCAAACCGCUUAAACCGCGAUAAGCCAAUGCACCCUUAGACAGACAAAUAAUAUACACAUGAUAUAUAUAUUCAUUAAGAAAAAAAAAGUAAAAUAAAUGUACGAAACGUAUUAGAAAGUGCGAGUUUCGCCUAAAGCAAAGCACG